GCCAUUAAAGGAAAAAAAAUCCAAAAGAAAAAAAAUAGAGAAGUAGGAAGUAUUGAACGUAAUCCCAUUUCCAUUCUUCCUGGGUCUUCUUCCUUUCUUAUAAUCUCUCUAUUUACCUGCGUUUUUGUAACUUUGAGUGAUUUGAUGUCUUCAUUAUCCAUGAACUCUGUGGCCCAAUGGCUCCAAACCCACUACACAUCUCCUUUCGAUUCAGUGCAGCAGAGCUUAAGGAUUGCCUAUGUUGUCUUCUCCUUCUGCUGUGCUCUCUUCAUUGGCUUCUUCAAAGCUGUGACGGUGGGACCCGUUGCUGGGAUUUUGCUGAUUGUUGGCAACAUUGGGGUGAUGGUGGGCCUCUUCCCCUUCCAUGUUUUCUGGACUGUUUACUCUCUUCUCAAGACUAAGCAGAUAAAUGUGGCUCUCAAAUUAGCAGUUCUGUUUGCUCUUCCUGUACUAUUUGUCCUAUGGCUGGCCCUUGGUAUCUUCGGCAGUAUCAUUGUUGGAAUUGGCUAUGGAUUUUUCACACCGUGGAUUUCUACUUUUGAAGCAUUCAGACAAAACAGUGAAGCAAAGAAGUUCUUCCAUAGCAUUGUGGAUGGUACAUGGGGGACAAUCAAGGGUAGUUGCAUAGUGGUUAGAGACUUUGGUGAUAUCUGCUACCAUUCUUACCCAGUUUAUUUGAAAGAAUUACGAGAAUUGUCAGGCGAUCAUGAAUCUCAUUCCAUCAGAUUCGGGCAGGUGCCUGCUUGUAUUGCUGUAGGUCUAAUUGGCUUAGCAGUGGAUGUCCCACUUUUCACUGUCAUAGCAAUCAUAAAGAGCCCUUACAUGCUUUUCAAGGGCUGGCAGAGAUUGCUACAUGAUCUCAUAAGCCGAGAAGGCAUUUUUCUUGAAACAGCUUGUGUGCCAAUUGCUGGUCUAGCAAUCCUUUUUUGGCCUCUUGUUGUUGUAGGGAGCAUUCUAUUGGUCAUUAUCUCGAGCAUAUUUGUUGGACUGUAUGGAUCAGUCAUUGUGUAUCAGGAACGAUCUUUCCAGAGGGGAAUUGCUUAUGUUGUUGCCAUUAUUUCAGAAUUUGAUGAAUACACAAAUGAUUGGCUUUAUCUGAGAGAAGGGUCUAUUCUUCCAAAGCCCAAAUAUAGAAAGAGAAAAGUAUCCAACUCAGAUGAAUUUUCUGUUGGAAGUAGUAUCAUUAAAGGAGGAAAAACCAGUCCAAGUUCUUUAGCACCUGCAUUGUUGGUGCCCAAAUUGGGUCCCUCAAGAUCUGUUAGAGAGGCAAUCCAAGAAGUCAAAAUGGUAAAGAUAUGGGAGGAGCUAAUGAAUUCCUGCGAAUCAAAGGGAAAGGAACUUGUGGAUGCAAAUGUUAUAUCAUCACUUAAUCUAAGGGAAUGGCUAAGAACAAAGGGAAACGGCCAAGAAACAGUUGGCCUUGGUCUCCCAUCCUAUGCCUUGUUGCAUAUUCUACUUUAUGCUAUCAAAGCUGGGUCAGGUGGACUAUUGCUUUGCUCGGGUAUUGAAGUCAACCAUCUGAACCGGCCUCAAGAUCGGUUGUUAGAUUGGUUUUUUCAUCCCAUUAUGGUUUUGAAGGAGCAGAUGAAGGUCAUACAAAUGCGCGAGGAGGAGGUGAGGUUCUUGGAGAAGUUAGUAGUUUUCAAUACUGAUAUGCAGGGCAUGGAAUUGUGGGAUAAUGGAUCCGUUGCUCCUGAAGAGGCUCUCAGGGCUGCUCAGAUACAGGCUAUUAGCAGAAGGUUGGUGGGGAUUACGAGGAGCAUAACAAAGUUCCCAACUUACAGGAGACGAUACAGACAGGUAGUGAAAUUACUGAUUGCAUAUUGUCAUGAAAGAGACGGUGCUGCUGGAACAGGUUCAACUAGAUCAGUCUCUUCAAUCGAAAUUGUGCAGACGCAAGUUUAGUUAUGAGGUUCUGUUGGCCUAGUCAACUAUGUUAAUAGUGUUUGUAAGAGUUAUUUCUUGUUUUUGCUUUUUUAUUAAUGACAAGAAAAAAAGUGGGGAGAGCAUGCCUCUGUAAUUUAUGAGAAUGUUAGCUGUUGCUAUGGAAACACAGUUUGAAAAUGUAUGAUAAUUUUCUUUUCUUCAUA